AUGACUGAAGCCAAACAAGAUUUAAUUGAAUUAUCAUCAAAUCCUUUAGAUGUAUGGAUAAAUACACAUUAUGAUGAAUUGUGUGCAGGUAUGACGUGUGAAAAUGCUUUAUUCUGCAAACCAUCAGACAUGAAAGACAAGAAUUUCCAAAUGAGUAUUAAGGAUAAAUGUGAUAGGAAACAUAGAAGAAUAGACGGUAAACAAACAUGGUGUUAUGUUUUGAAAGAAGAAAUGAAAGGAUUAUAUAAACAGGUUGAACCAAACGAUAAUGAGGAUUCAUUUACUGACGAUGAAAUACCUGUAAAUGAGCCGCUAAGCGGCGAGACCUGA